AGAUUCGCCUUCUUUUAGGAAACCUCUUGAAAGAAACCAGCAUUUAACAACAUACAAAACAACUUCGACAAGAACACGCGGCAAAUGCAUUACAUUAUAAUUUCAUUAAGGACAAAAGCCUUUCUCUGCCGGCAGUGAAACAACGUUGCCAGGAGAUAAAACCAGGGUAGAGCUGAGAAAGAGAGGAGAAGAACUGAAAGCCUAGAAGCAGGAACGGCGAAAGGCGUGCGGAGAAAGUCAGAAAGCCGCAAAAGGGCGACAAUAGCCCCCGAGCCCAUUGCCUACUUCUGGGCGCUGUCAAGCGAAAAUCAAGAGCCUGGCAUUUUUAUGAAAUUAAUACAAAGGACACUGAAGAAGAAGUAGAAGUGGAAGCGGAAGUGGCAGCCAUGACAAAAGCCCCAGCGACAGGACAAUGAUGGGCGGCCCACCGAUAGCGAUUAAAGUGGGAGACGCGCUGCUUUUAUGGCCCGACACUGCUCGAGUAGACGUGACAGCCUCCGAUCGGCUAAUAAUAUUUACCCGCGGAAAAAACUCCACGGCAUAAUUUGACAUGCCAACGUGAGCCAGCUGGUGAGAAUAUUUACCCAAGUGCUACCAAGAACCAUAGAACGAAACUUAGAAAAAUCUCUGAACAAAAGGACGCUAGCCAGGAGGCACUUGAGACAAUGAGUGGUCUGCACUUUUUGAUAGCGCUGCUCGCACUUUUAGCCCUAACUCGGGCCUGUCCGCCCGAGGUGUGUGUGUGCAAAUGGAAGGGCGGCAAGCAGACGGUGGAGUGCGGCGGCCAGCAGCUCUCCAAUCUGCCCGAGGGCAUGGAUCCGGGCACUCAGGUACUGAAUUUUAGCGGCAACACCCUGCAGGUCCUGCAAUCGGAGCGGUUUCUCCGAAUGGAUCUGCUCAACCUGCAAAAGAUCUAUCUAUCAAGGAAUCAAUUGAUUCGGAUACAUGAGAAGGCCUUUAGGGGUCUAACAAACUUAGUCGAACUGGAUCUCAGCGAGAAUGCGUUGCAGAAUGUCCCUAGUGAAACUUUCCAGGACUACAGCUCCCUGAUGCGCCUCUCGCUCAGUGGGAAUCCCAUCAGGGAGCUGAAGACAUCGGCCUUCCGCCACCUGUCCUUCCUCACGACACUGGAGCUGUCGAACUGCCAGGUGGAAAGGAUUGAGAACGAGGCCUUCGUGGGCAUGGACAAUCUCGAAUGGUUGCGAUUGGAUGGCAAUCGGAUAGGGUUCAUUCAAGGCCCCCAUAUACUGCCCAAAUCGCUGCACGGCAUCAGCCUGCACAGCAAUCGGUGGAAUUGUGACUGUCGUCUUCUGGACAUCCACUCCUGGCUGGUAAACUACAACAUCCCGUUGGCCGAGGAGCCCAAGUGCAUGGAACCGGCGAGGUUGAAAGGUCAAGUGAUCAAGGGCUUGCAGCGGGAGCAGUUAGCCUGCUUGCCAGAGGUCAGUCCCCAAUCGAGUUACACGGAGGUGAGCGAAGGUCGGAAUAUGUCUAUCACCUGCGUGGUUAGGGCCAUUCCGGAACCCAAGGUCCUGUGGCUUUUCAAUGGCCAAGUGAUGAGCAACGACAGCCUGAUGGACAAUCUGCACAUGUACUACUAUAUCGAUGAGACCAUCGGAGGAAGUGGAGCCGAGGAGAAGCGCAGCGAGAUCUUCAUUUACAACGUGGGUGCCGAAGAUAAUGGUACCUUCUCCUGCGUGGGUCAGAACAUAGCUGGCACCACCUUCAGUAACUACACUCUGAGAGUUAUAAUCAAGGAGCCUCCGGUGGUGAAUGAGGUCUCGUUCCCCAGGGACUACAUGAACUACAUAGUGGCCAGCAGUGCGGGAGGUGGCAUAAUCUUCGUGGUGCUGCUCUGCACCAUUGUGGUCAAGUGCAAGAAGACCUCGGAGCCAGCCAAGCAGCGCAAGAAGUGCGAUCAAGUAACGAGUAUUGCCGGUGGCACGGAUUCAUCGACGGGAAGCACCCAGGACACGGGCAUGGGUAUGAUGAAGUGCGCCUCGAUAUUAAAUGAUGGCGGGGAUAGCUUAAACGGAAAUGCUGGUCUCCUGUUGGGCGAUACACUAACACCCACCAAGGCGGCGAAUGGGGCAGCUGGCGGAGGCAUAAUCCUGGGAAAUCAGAUGAAACAAAACCUCCUGCUCUACGCCACUCCGAAUCCCGCACAGCAGCAGCUUCAGCUUAAUGUUAACUUGAUGGGAACGGGACCAGGAUCUCCACCUCUACUCCUGAGCAAUGGUCAUGGGUUGGCGGCAGCCUACUGCUCUCCCCCUGCAUCGCUGAGAAACUACCAGGAGAAGAAUCCGGACUUAGUCAACGAUGCGGAGAGUGUGAAGCACAAGCUUAAGACGGCGGUGAGCUUGGACGGUGCCGGGGAGUAUGAGACGCAGAGUGAUUGCGGUCAGUACGAGGGCUGCUAUCAGCUGGCUGCUGCUCCACAUCCGCAUCAGCACCCUGGGCAUCCGCACCCACAUCCGGGACAUCCGUUGAUGGGACGCUUUGCCCAGGCGAUGACCACCUUACCGCGUGGCAUACAACUGAAGCCGGCUCCCCAUCAGGUUGAUGUCCACCUGAAUCCGGUGUGUUUCCUGGGCCAGGAUGGAUCGUUUGCCUACGAUUACAGCAGUGCUCACCUGGUGCAGCAGCCACCGCAGCAGCAACAGCAACAACAGCAGCAGCAACAGGUGCAACCAGCCGCCAACUUUUAUCGGACGUUGCCACAUAACAGGUUGCACAAGCAGCAACAAUUUCAGGCGGCGGCAGCGGCAGGCGGAAAUGUGGGUGGUGGCAACCCUACCUUACGUUACAGCCUCGAGGCCGAGUUCAUUCAGAGGGGGCCGACGGUGAGCUACGAGAAGUACCAGCUGCCCAAUGUGCGCUUUACAGCGGAAGGUUAUCCGCAGCAGCAGCAGCAGCAGCAACAGUUGCAGCUGCAACAGCAACAUCAGUUCCCCUCGCCGCCAGAGGGCUACAAAAGCGAUCUGGCGAUGAUGCCGGCGCCGUUCCAACAGUGGCCCAGCUGUUUGCCCGGCUACCGCUUCGCCCAGUCACCCACCAGCCAGUCAUCGGUUGCAACACCACCUGCCGCAGUGGUGGCCCAACCUCCACCACCCGUUGUCUCAUCAGCAGCAACCACACAAUCCACGGCCACAUCCACCAUUCCGGAGUUGGAUGAAAGUGAAGCGAGUUCGCCGCGUCUCGAAGAGGCUGCCGGGUCAGCAGUGCCACCUGGCGGCGAGGAGGAGAGCUCCGAUACCGGGAAACUCAAACAGCUUAAUGGCCCCUUGGCCGACAGUCCCGACGAGGGAUACGUGGGCGACGGUCAGGAAACCAGCGACAUUUGACCCGGCCAGCAGCCAGCAGCCCGGGAUGAAGCGGCCUUAGACGAUUCAGUGGCUCUGUAAAUGGCCAGGCUGAUCACCAAACCACUCAUAGCCUAAGUUCACUCUUCACUUGUUUCCGUCCUCCUGAUUUUACUUACUUUUCCCUUUUUCUGUUUGUUGGUUUGCACGCAAAAAAAUACAAAAACAAGCAAACAAAAGGCAGACCCAAGUUUAACCUAAUAAUUGGCAGAAAGAGAGAGCUGGCAAUGCGAGUCCGAAAAGGAGAAGGCCCAGAAAACCAAAUAAAAGAAGCGCAGAAGGAGAAAAUCUCGGGCAAACCGAAGUUCAAAUACCCAAGGAUGAAUGUUGAUUUCUCAGAAUUUUGAAAGGAUUACUGCACGUUUACCUUAGCUGUAAAUUUUAAAAAAUUGGCUUAAAUCGAAAAAUAUGAUUUUUAAGCCCAAUCAACCAAGAAAUUCUGAAAG